ACGGGGACCCGGCCCUGAACGAGCAGGAGAAGGAGCUGAAGCGGCGGCUGAAGAGGCUCUACCCGGCCGUAGACGAGCAGGAGACGCCGCUGCCCCGCUCCUGGAGCCCGAAGGACAAAUUCAGUUACAUCGGCCUCUCGCAGAACAAUCUGCGGGUGCACUACAAAGGUCAUGGAAAAACUCCAAAAGAUGCUGCUUCUGUUCGAGCUACUCAUCCUAUACCUGCGGCCUGUGGCAUAUACUAUUUUGAAGUUAAAAUUGUCAGUAAGGGAAGAGAUGGUUACAUGGGAAUUGGGCUUUCGGCACAGGGUGUGAACAUGAACAGACUACCAGGUUGGGAUAAACAUUCAUAUGGUUACCAUGGAGAUGAUGGACAUUCAUUCUGUUCCUCUGGAACUGGACAACCCUACGGCCCAACGUUUACUACGGGCGAUGUCAUUGGUUGUUGUGUCAACCUUAUCAAUAACACCUGCUUCUACACAAAGAACGGACACAGCUUGGGCAUCGCUUUCACAGAUUUACCGCCAAACUUGUACCCUACAGUAGGGCUUCAAACACCAGGAGAGGUUGUGGAUGCUAAUUUUGGACAACACCCAUUUGUAUUUGAUAUUGAAGACUACAUGCGAGAAUGGAGAACCAAAAUUCAAGCACAAAUUGACAGAUUUCCAAUAGGAGAUCGGGAAGGAGAGUGGCAAACAAUGAUUCAGAAAAUGGUAUCAUCUUACUUAGUUCACCAUGGAUACUGUGCAACAGCAGAGGCAUUCGCCAGAUCCACAGACCAGACUGUGCUAGAAGAAUUAGCUUCCAUUAAGAAUAGACAAAGAAUUCAGAAAUUGGUUUUAGCAGGAAGAAUGGGAGAAGCCAUUGAAACAACACAACAGUUGUAUCCAAGUUUACUAGAAAGAAAUCCUAAUCUCUUAUUUGCAUUAAAGGUGCGCCAGUUUAUAGAGAUGGUGAAUGGUACAGACAGUGAAGUGCGGUGUUUGGGAGGCCACAGUCCAAAAUCUCAAGAUAGUUAUCCUGUUAGCCCACGAUCAUUCAGUAGUCCUAGCAUGAGUCCCAGCCAUGGAAUGAAUAUUCACAAUUUGGCAACAGGCAAAGGGAGCAGCACGCACUUUACUGGGUUUGAAAGUAGUUGCAGUAAUGGAGUAAUAUCAAAUAAAGCACAUCAGUCUUACUGUCACAGUAAACACACGACCACCAGCUUGAAUGUACCAGAGCUAAACAACAUAAAUGUAUCAAGAUCACAGCAGGUUAACAGCUAUUCCAGCAAUGAUGUAGACAUGGAAACAGAUCACUACUCCAAUGGGGUUGCUGAGACUUCAUCCAAUGGCUUCCUAAAUGGUAGUUCUAAACAUGAUCACGAAAUGGAAGAAUGUGACACAGAAAUGGAAGUAGAUUCAAGUCAGUUAAGACGUCAGCUUUGUGGUGGCAGCCAAGCAGCCAUUGAAAGGAUGAUCCAUUUUGGAAGAGAAUUGCAAGCAAUGAGUGAGCAACUAAGAAGAGAAUGUGGCAAAAACACAGUGAAUAAGAAAAUGCUCAAGGAUGCAUUCAGUUUACUCGCGUAUUCCGAUCCCUGGAGCAGCCCUGUUGGAAAUCAGCUUGACCCAAUACAAAGAGAACCAGUGUGCUCUGUACUUAAUAGUGCAAUACUAGAGACUCACAAUCUGCCAAAGCAACCACCGCUUGCCCUGGCCAUGGGACAGGCAUCACAGUGUCUAGGAUUGAUGGCUCGGUCAGGCAUUGGAUCCUGUGCGUUCGCCACAGUGGAAGACUACCUACACUAGCUAUGCAUUUGAAGGUCUGAAAGGUGUUGUGGCAUAUUCAACAUGGAAAGUAGACCAGCUCUGCUGACUGGAAUUUGGAAUUUUAAUUAUGUACUAAGGACAAGUCUGUCGCUUUAUGUUGCUUCCUAGUUUACAGCAUGAUGCAAAUGAUUUCUAACUUAGUGUUAGGAGAAGAUUUCCAUCUUUAAACCUCUUAGACAACUAAGAGUUGAAAAUAUCACUGGUAACGUCAGACAUCCAAAUUGACAAGUACCAAUCCUUUAAACGAUUGUCCAAAACAAACCAAAAAUCCUGCUACCUUGUGGUGGGACGGAAGACUAGAAAACAUGGAUGUAUUAGCAUGUGGGUGAUGUAAAUGUCAAGCAGGAUGACUUGCCAACCUCCACCCCCAUUGUUACAUAGUUCAAUCAGUGUAAUUUGCAAAAUGCAAAUGGUUUGGAUAUAUAGUGUUGAUGGGAAGAAAUGAUAUUUUUUAAUGUGUACUGUAAAACUUGAAUUACUCAGGAGCUGAGUGAAUAUGUUUGUUGCUACUUACAAUCCCAACCUGUUGAUCUUAGUAGUUUUUUGUUUUAACAUGGUCUUUUCAACUUUGUUUCCUUGUUUAACUACAGACAGCUUCUGUUGUGUAGGCUCACCAGUUUAACUGUUGUAUUAUAACAGUAUUACAUGUCAACACAGUGUGGUUAUGACCUAUUUAUAUAAAAACCAAAUAUUUAGUCAAUUUACAGUCUUAAUUUAAUCUUUGUACACCUUGCAUUUUUAAAAGUGCUUAAAUAGUACUAUAUUGCAAUAAAAUGUAGUGAUAUCAUAAUUAACCAGCCAUUAAAAACUUACUUCUACAUA